GGGAGCGCUCAGCUCGGUACCUCGGUGCCUGGUAGCGACCGAGGAGCCCAGCUGCCCACUCUGCGUCGCCGGAGUCUGCCACCGCCGGGCGGCCCCUCUGGGAUGUCCGAGGGACCCAGGCAUCCGGGACGGUAACGGAGCGAGGAUGGGACGGCGCCCGCAGCUCCGGCUCGUCAAGGCCCUUCUCCUCCUGGGGCUGAACCCUGUCUCCACCUCCCUCCAGGACCAGAACUGCGAGAGCCUGUCCCUGGCCAACAACAUCUCUGGCCUGCAGUGCAACGCCUCCGUGGACCUCAUUGGUACCUGCUGGCCCCGGAGCCCUGCAGGGCAAUUGGUGGUGCGGCCCUGCCCUGCCUUUUUCUACGGUGUCCGCUACAAUACCACAAACAGUGGCUACCGGGAGUGCCUGGCCAAUGGCAGCUGGGCCGCACGUGUGAAUUACUCUGAGUGCCAGGAGAUCCUCAGUGAGGAGAAGAAGAGCAAAGUGCACUACCACGUCGCCGUCAUCAUCAACUACCUGGGCCACUGCAUCUCCCUGGUGGCCCUCCUGGUGGCCUUUGUCCUCUUUCUGCGACUCAGGAGUAUCCGGUGCCUGAGAAACAUCAUCCACUGGAAUCUCAUCUCGGCCUUCAUCCUGCGCAACGCCACGUGGUUCGUGGUCCAGCUCACCAUGAGCCCCGAGGUCCACCAGAGCAACGUGGGCUGGUGCAGGUUGGUGACAGCUGCGUACAACUAUUUCCACGUGACCAACUUCUUCUGGAUGUUUGGCGAGGGCUGCUACCUGCACACGGCCAUCGUGCUCACCUACUCCACCGACCGGCUGCGCAAGUGGAUGUUCAUCUGCAUUGGCUGGGGUGUGCCUUUCCCCAUCAUUGUGGCCUGGGCCAUUGGAAAGCUGUACUACGACAACGAGAAGUGCUGGUUUGGCAAAAAGCCUGGGGUGUACACCGACUACAUCUACCAGGGCCCCAUGAUCUUGGUCCUGUUGAUCAACUUCAUCUUCCUUUUCAACAUCGUCCGCAUCCUCAUGACCAAACUCCGGGCAUCCACCACAUCCGAGACCAUUCAGUACAGGAAGGCUGUGAAGGCCACUCUGGUGCUGCUGCCCCUCCUGGGGAUCACCUACAUGCUCUUCUUUGUCAACCCUGGGGAGGACGAGGUCUCCCGGGUCGUCUUCAUCUACUUCAACUCCUUCCUGGAAUCCUUCCAGGUACAGGGCCCUCGCCCGGCCCCAGCGCUGGAGGGACCUCAGCGGCACCUGCUCCGGGCUUCUUCGUGUCCGUGUUCUACUGUUUCCUCAACAGCGAGGUCCGCUCUGCCAUCCGGAAGAGGUGGCACCGGUGGCAGGACAAGCACUCCAUCCGUGCCCGUGUGGCCCGCGCCAUGUCCAUCCCUACCUCCCCAACCCGCGUCAGCUUCCACAGCAUCAAGCAGUCCACGGCUGUCUGAGCUGCAGGCCAUGGAGCGGCCCCCUGACAUCUGUGGCUGGGAGGAUGAUGGCCCCUGUCUGAGGAAGCUACUGGCACUUUCCCACUCCCUCCCCACCCGGAGCUGUGGGCCCUGAGAGCCCGGGAGGGCCCCUCCACCCAGCAGUUGUUGUUCUAGGCUUCUGAGUGGACAGCGGCCUAUAGGACUGGGCUGGGCUGGGCCCAGUUCUCCCUGAAGAACGACGCUGGAAUGGAAAUGGGAAGCUGGAAAGCCCUCAGCAGCACAGGGGGCUCCCCGAGAGCUAUCUUGUCUCAGAGCACAAAAUGGCCAGCCCACUGGAGAGCUGGGGUCCUCAGCAAACUGGGGAGGCAUUGCCCCGGGGCAUCCUGGGAAACUCUCCUGACACAUCUAUUCACCAUCAUGCCUCCAAGCAUUAGCCUACCACUGAGAACCCAGGUCAUGAGGUUUGGUCUGGAGCCCUGGGGGUAUCAUUAGAAAUUGGGUCGCAUCAUCAGAUAUUGGGCCACAUCACUAGAAACCAAACCCAAGCCACCAGAAUGUCAUCGGCACGGUGGCGCUGCCACCAAAAAAUGCCCUGCCUUGCUGCUUGCACCCUUGGACACUUACUACCUGUGGGACCCUCCGGCUUCCCCUCUCCUCCCCACUGACAGUGCCCUUGUCCUGACUCCUGCCACUUGCUGCCCCUGGGAGUCUCCCAUCUGUGAGAAGAUGGGGGCAGGGAGGGGGGUGGAGUGGCCUGUGAACAAGAACCAGGUUGUGCCCCAGCUAAGGCCAGUCUCCUUUUGAGGAAGGAGAGAGGUCCUUGGGGCCUGCAGCUGCUGGCUUUGGGACUGCCUCUGGGGCAGGAUCGCCCACUGAGCAAAGGGAGAAGGGGCCCUCUCUGCCUGAGUGCUCUGGAGCAGGACAAAUGGCUUACCUGCCUCCAUAGUGUGGACUGGCCCGCCCCCACACUGGACCCCCAUGUCUAGGGGACUGGGCAGCUAGGGCAGGGUUCUGCAGUGGGGAGGCAGAAGUGCCCGCUGCGGGGGUGGCUAGUGUAAAUAAUAAUAUUUAUCUUUUCAACCAGCAUCUGUGAAAGCCUGGACUCUGCCAGGGACGGGGGAGAGGGUACCUGAGAGAUGCACCCUCCUGGCGGAAACCCUGAUCAUGGCUCAGGGCUGCUGGAGGGGCAGGGGUGGGGACUUGGAAGGAGAUGAUCUGGCCUGCUCUUAGUAAGGAGGUGAACCAGGGAGGGAAAGGACAUGAUCAGUAAGGUGGGGGAACUUUGCCGUGGCAAGGGACAGCUGGAACAAAGGCAUGGCCACGGGACCCUACAGGAGAGGGUUCAAUCCAAGGGAGGAGCAGAGCUGGGGAGCAGGCAGUGGAGUUAGGAAGCUGGGGAGUCAGACUAAGAUAACUGUGGUGCCCGGAGUCGGCCGCUCCUGCAGGGGGUGGGGAGGCCCUGCGGGAGUUGCUGGGGUCCUUGAAGGACAUAUGGGGUGCCCUGUUCUGCCAGUUCCCCAAGCUCUGUGCCCUUAAGUACAGAGAUGGGGACAGGGGGACCCAGGAGUCCCAGAGCAGGGAUGGACCAAUGGUUCCCAGAGCAAUUUAGAGUGUGAGCUGGGGUCCCCUGCAGGGAUCAGGGAGUAGCCCUGCUGGCUGACAGGAGGACAGACUGACUAGUGAGUGUCAACAGCCACAGCUGAGCCUUGGAGACGCGGUUCUCAACUCGCCUUUUCACACAGUGCGGCAGUGAGGAGGCAGAGCUUUCCCCGGAGGUGGGUGGGAUGGGGGAGCCUCCCAAGGAUGGGGAGCCUGAGAGGGCUGCACAGACUUGCCCCUUCCUGCUUGGGCCCCUGGUUGCCCCAGCUGUCGGGCACCUUCUACUCUCAGUGUUGGGCCCUGUGGGAGGGGAGAGGGGAGCAGCCAUCCAGAAUGGAUGCUGGGGACCUGUCAGAGCCCCUGGCCUUGGAAGGCCAUGGGGCCUGGCUAUGGGCAGAAAAGCCCAGCAGACAGGGCUGGUCCAGAGGAGCCUGGGCCUCCCAUCCAGAGACUAUAUGGGGGCACUGCUUUAUGGCACAGUGGGGAAUGUCUGAGCCCCAAAGAUCUGCAGCCCCAUGCCAGGGCCAGAAGCCCAGAGCUUCACCCAUCUGCAGCAGGUGUGUUCCGGGCUUCAGGGUUAAUGCAGGCCCAGACCAGGCCACUCUGCUCCAAGGUUUGGCUUGUGGGGCCGGGAAGGCCCCAUGGGAGUGAGCAGGGUGUGGCACCCAUCACAGCAGCAGCAGGAUGGAGGUCACUGGGGUCCCCCCAAGACCUGAGUUCAAGCCCUUCCCUUAUGCCCUGAAGAAUCUUUCUCCACACCACACCCAGGGGUCACAGCACCCUGAAUGUACCCACACCUGAGCCCAUUUCUCCCUGAGACCCUGCUCAAAGUCAUAGACACACAAUUCUUCCAGUUCAGCUCCCCCUCCCUGACAGACAGCACAAUCCCCUCCCUGAGGUCCUUGUUGUCCCUUCUAGGUCCCUAUGCUGGCCGCCCUGGGGCCAGGACUGGGGAAAUCGAGUAUUAGAGAGGGAGGUUUUAAAACCCAGAUAAUAAUACCUGAAUCAGGGCCAUUGGUAGACUGGUUUUGCAAUCCACAAAAUCCUUCAUAGUGUGUCUCACCUAGUCUUCAACUAGCCCAAGGAGGUAGGAACCAGCCCAUUUUGCAGCUGAAGAAACUGAGGCCUAGUGACCUCCUGAGAUGGAAGCCUUCUGGCUCCAAGUCCAGGGCUCCUUCUGGCCCUCAGGUGACUGAAGUCCUGGGGGCAUUGGGCUGGGAGGCCAGGACUGAUAAGGCAGGUCUGGGACCAGAGGGCUGAGGAGGCCACAGGGUUUUGGAUCGACCUGAAGCACGUCCCACCUGAAGAUGUGACCCACCACAGCUGGCCCAGCCGGAGUCCAGCAGCUGAGGCCAGCUGGUGGGAGCAAUGCUGGCUCAGAGUCUCUGGCAGCCCUUCCUCGCCUCCCCCCACCUCCCACCCCUCCACUCUCUAAAAUGAUGCUGAGCUUCAAACCACGUAGCCCAGGCCCCCAGAAGCCAUGGCAGCCCUCUCUGCACCCCAGGCCGUCUAACCCCGUGAGGCAGCCGCUGGCCUCCAGCUCAGAGGUGUCUCGUGGUCAUCUCAUCCAGCCCCCAGCUCCCAACUCAACUGCUCACUGGGCCCAAACAGAGCAGGUGCUCUCUACAGCUCAUCCCCAGCAAUCCUGAGCGGCAUUGUGUUAGGGGGCAUCAGGUCACGCACACGAAUCUUAUCUAUUCUUCCUACUGCCCUGCAAAGCAGAUGCUAUUAUCCCCCAUUUAACAGGUGGGAGAAGUGAAGCCCAGAGAGGUCAAGAGACCUGCCCAGGGCACCUAGCAGUGGCAUGUCUGGAUGAAAACCCAAGGUGGCUUCACGCUGCCUGCACAGAGGUACAGGACUCUUUGCAAGGUUACCCUCCCUGCCCCACUGCCUCCUACAGUAACUUUCCAGGGACAUUUUUCUAUUUUCCAAUCUGUAGACAAACAGCAUUCAAAGAUGAGCUGGCCGUAGGAUCUGGAGCCUACACAGCACAGGCCUCAAGUGCCCCCUGUGUCCCCAGGUCAUCCCAGCUCCACCUCUCAACAUGGCCUCCUGCCUUUCUCUCUAGCCCAGCAACCCCUGCAGAUACCGCCCUGCAGAUACCGCCAGGCAGGCUCAGGGUCAAGAGAGGCCUGGGCCCCGUCCAUUUCUCAAAGCUCUCGGUGACGGAAGCACCAAUGAGUUCAUCAUUUGGAUGAAACUCCAAACUGCCACCAGACUGCCACCCAGCCCCUUCUGUCCCUCCAAGUCGUUCUGGACAAAACCCUGCCACCCUGCCUCAUUGUGCAAUGGGCCAAGGCAGGUGAGAACAAGGGGAGGGCUCUUAGGGACCCAAGGAGGAUGGUGAAAACUGGGGAGGCCCGAGCUCCUGCUUCUCUCCCCUUCGUGGCUGGAGUGAGGGAGAGAGCAGAUGACAAGCCAGUCCCUUCCCAGGUCUGCACCACCUCCAGCUCAGGCCUGGGUCAGCAGGUCGAGGCAGAAGAGAGGCCAAGCAGCAGGGUACUUUCCCUGCCUGCCCGAGCGGAUACCUACUGCCCCUGAGUGGGUGAAGAGAAAUGUUCCAGACGCUGUCUAGGUCCAAAUGGAAGGCAGAGACUUUGCCACUGGUCUGCCCUGGGCAGCCCCCUGAGAGCUCAGGUCCUGGCCAAGGUGGGGACAGGGGAGAGAGCAAAGCAGCCAGCGCAGGGGCUGUCAUCAAGGUCAGGGUCAGGAGUCUGCAAAUCCUUAGAGCAGGAUUAUAGCAGGAGAGUGGACCACAGCCCCAAAGGGCACCAGCCACUCGUGUGAAUGCAAUGAUCAGGGCUCAAAGUGGCCACCCCGAAGGGCAAGCCCAGGGCUGAUGGGCUGGGCUGGGGUAGGCGGGUGGGUAAACAGUGACUGAGGCAGGGACCGCCUUCAGCAAGCUGGGUCCCAGGAGGAGACAUGGAGGGAAGGAGCCUUCAGAGAAUCCUUUGAGCCCAAGGGUAGAUCAAGGAGGAAGGCACGAGCAAGCUCUGUCGAGAGUACCCAUGUUUCCUUUCUCUCUUCCUUUCUUUCUUUUUUCCCCUCUCUUUCUCCUUCCCUUCCCUCAUUCCAUCCAUCCAUCCUUCCUUUCUCUCUCUCUCUCUCUUUUGUGCUGCGGAUUAGACCCAGAGCUACUCUACCACUGAGCUACAUCCCCAUCCUAUUUUAUUUUAUUUUGAGACAGGGCCUCACUAAAUUGCCCAGGCUGGCCUCAAACUUGCCAUCCUCCUGCUUUAGCCUCCUGAGAAUCUAGGAUUACAAGCAUGUGACAAGGUGCCAGGCUGGUUCCCAAGUUUGCUGAACCCCCAAGUUUGGGGGCACAUGCUGGCCUGGCAGGAUUCUGAGGAACCACAGUGAGACCUGUCCUGAGGACUGUGCCAGCCCAGGGGAUGAGCCCGUUCUUGUUUUUGUCGUUCUGGGUGUGAUAAAGCACAAAUUGUAAAACUGUUUUAGCUAUGUUAAAGUGUAAAAUCCAGUGGCAUUAAAUCCAUUUGCACCCCAUAAAUCUGUUCAGUUGUUAUAUAACAAUAAAAAUAUAUAACAA